UACACAUGAUUGAAAAUUCAAAGCUGACAUACGCACGCAGUGGACGCGUAGACGCCGGCGUGCAGGUCCCUGCCAGGUCAUUUACCGUAUUUCGACAGCCAGAUACACCUAAAUAUUUUCUUGUAACUUUCGUUACAAUAUGUAUGAAGCCGGCUGCCCGGCCUAGCGCCGUUCGAGCUCACCGGCAGGCGCUCGCCUGCGUGCGGGCGCCACGACGGGCGCCGCGACGCAAUUCUAGUAGAGUGACGGACUCCCUCAACAAAAAUAACUGCAGUCAGUCUUGGGGAGGUCUCUUGAUGGCUACGCGGCAAGCAGGCUCCAUGCGUGUCAAAGCGACGGCUGGGCAUGGCUUCCUCGCGCGAGCCCAGCGAGCGUUGGAGGCGCCGCUCGUGCGGGCAAUCCUUUUGGCACAAGUGCUAUCGUUGCUGCUGUGCGUCAUGGGCACCACCUCAGGCCUGCUGGCGGCACGCGGCGUGGACAUGCCCACCACCCAGGCGUUUUUCAACUACCUGCUCCUGGGCCUUACGUGCGGCGGCUACCACCUGUGGAAGCGGGGCCCCCGUCUGACCAACCGCUGGCACCUGUACCUGCUGCUGGCGGCGCUGGACGUGGAGGCCAACUUCCUGGUGACCAAGGCCUACCAGUACACCAGCGUUACCUCCGUCACGCUCCUCGACUGCUUCACCAUCCCUGCCGUCAUGGUCCUCAGCGUGACAGCGCUGGCGGCGAGGUAUCUGCCCGGCCACUACGGCGGCGCGCUGCUGUGCAUCGGCGGUCUGGCGGUGCUUGUGGCCACCGACGGCGGUAGCGCCACGGGCGGACCCAACCCGGUGCUGGGGGAUGCACUGGUGCUCAUGGGCGCUGUGCUGUACGCCGUAUCCAACGUGGCUCAGGAGCGGCUGCUGCUGGGUGACACGCCCGUGACGGAGCUGCUGGCGGCGGUGGGCGGCUUCGGCGCGGCCAUUGGCGGCGUGCAGGCGCUGGUGCUGGAGCGGCGCGCCUGGGCCGCCGCCGACUGGACAGACCCGUGGGCCACCGCCGCACCGUUGCUCGGCUUCUCACUGGCGCUCUACACCUUUGCGCUGCUGCUGCCACGCGUACUGCUGUGGGGCGGCGCCACGGUGCUGAACCUGUCGCUGCUGACGUCAGACGUGUGGGCGGCGGCGGCGCGGGUCGCGUUUUUCGGGGGGUUUGGCGGCACAGAGGGCUGGUUCGUGCUGAGUUUGGUGCUGGAGGUGGCGGGGCUGGGGUUGUACGCAGCCACGGGGCAGACGCACAAGCACCCGAGUGGGGGAGGUGGGGGAGAUGGGGAGGGGAGAGGUGGGGAGGGAGGGGAGGGAGGGGAGGGAGGGGGUGGGAUGGGCGUGGUGGUGGUUGGUGGCGGGAGCGGGGGCGGAGGCGGAGGCACCGGGGGUGGAGGCGGCGGAGGAGGGGGAGGAGGAGGAGGGGGAGGAGGGGGAGGGGCGGGGUCGCCGUUCCGGUACCAGCGCAUUGUGUCGGGGGCGGAGGAGGAGCGGUUGGGGUUGCUGGCGGCGGCAGACGGCAUCAUGCGUCUCGGCGGCGGCAGCAGCGGCGGCGGCGGCGGCUUUGGCGGCGGCGGCUUCGGCGGCGCCGCAGUGGUGGGCCGGCGGCUUGAGGAGCUGCGGCAGGAGGCCCCCAGCGGAGAGGGAGCGCGGCGGGCGUCGUUUGAUGUGGAGGGCGGCCCGUCGCCGCAGUCAUUGCAGCUGCAGCCGCUGCAGCCGCUACAGCCGCUGCAGCUGCAGUCGUUGGAGGCGGUUGAUGGUGCGCGGGGCGCGUGACAGGCGCGGGUCAUGCGUUGUCGUUGGGCAUGCGGGCGAGGUGUGGGGCUGAGCGAGGUGGUAUGGGUGCAGCGAGGGCGGCGCUGUGGGUGAGGGUGACGUGUGGUUGAGAUUAGUACUGAAGUAUGAUAUUGGUUUCCGGAAGGGUGGCUAUGCCAGGAUGCUAGUCGCGCCAACUGGUGGCCAGGUGGGGCGGAUGGCACCAAGGCAUCAUGGUCUACCGUAUUGGCUUGCACGAGCACCGCGGGAGGCGCGUAUCGAAAGCAACAGGGCAACUUCCGCCGACGUGUGUCUGAUGCGACUAUGCGUUUGUAUGUGAAUACCUUUGCGCGCAUAUGUGUAUGUUAAACGGUGUAACUGCGUAUGGGAAGUGAUGAAGCCCGCAACUGAGAUCCAGAUCCUA